CACCGGCGUUGGCGGAGGGCCGCGCCUGACCUUUCGGUGCGGUUUUGCCGGAGGGCCACGCCCCCCGCGACAUCGCCGGCCGAGCCGACGUCAUCAGUGGAGGAUGACGUCACGGGUGCACCUUGAUGAUAUCGCCCAACUUUGAUGUUCCAUGUUGCCGGAUCGCCGCAGGACGCGUCGUCGCCGCCAUCCCCCGCCGUGCCGUGGCUUUCCUCAAAUCCUCCACACAUGACACAGUCUGCGUUCUCUGCAUGUUCUUCAGCGCGUUCUUCCGAGGUGGACACCCAGGAACUGGCAGAGAUGGAAGGUUCCAUCGUGGAGAGCAAAAGCGGCUUCUACCACGUCCACAAGCUUCUGGACCGAGGAACCAGCAGCCACGUCUUCAAGUGUAAGAACCUGGCCACCGCCAAAGACGUGGCGCUCAAAGUGCACAAGAACUACGCGCUCUUUGAAAAUGAGAUCAACAUGCAAGAGAUUGUGAGCGUGCUGGACUCUGACAAGAAGAGCAUCGUGGAGUUCAUCGAAACCUUCACCUAUAACGGGCACCCUUGCCUGGUUUUUGAGCUUCUGGACACCAGCUUGUUCAGCAUGGUCCUGGACAAGAAAUGGAAGACAUUCUCACCCAACGACAUCCGACCUGUCGCCCAACAGCUCCUGACGGCUUUCGACGCGCUGAAAAGCAUCGGCGUCAUCCACACGGACCUCAAGUCGGACAACAUCAUGCUGGUCAACCACACGGCCGCGCCUUUCCGGGUCAAGCUGAUCGACUUCGGGCUGUCCAUUAUCACCGAGGACGCGCCUCUCAGUUACGGCGUGGCCCUGCAACCCAUGGGCAACAGGGCGCCGGAAGUGGCCCUGGGUCUACCCUUCUCCGAGGCCAUCGACAUGUGGUCUCUGGGAUGCGUGCUGUCCUUUUUGUACCUGGGGAACUACCUCUUCUUGGCCAACUCCAACUACAACAUGUUGCGAAGCAUGAUCGAGGUGGUGGGUGGCAUUCCCGAUCAUCUGCUGAUGGCUAGUAAAAACACGCCCAAGUAUUUCAAGAGAAGCGACAGAGACAACGAUGGCGAUCACCCCAAAUGGCGCCUCAUGCGCCAGAUUUGCUUGCAGACAGAGCGGGAGUACCAGGACAAGACCGGAGUUCGUCCCGAGUCCCUGCCGUGGACCUUCAAGAGUUUGGACGACUUGGUCAAACUCAAGCCGGAAGCGGGCGAGCCGGUCGAGAUGGAGGAUCGCGAAGCCUUCGUGGACCUCCUCAAGUGUCUCCUCCACAUGGACCCCGAACGCAGGAUCACCCCCGAGGAUGCGCUCCGGCACCCUUUUCUCACCAUGAGCCACCUGAGCGAGCACAAGACCACCAGCCUCUACGUGAACGACAGCUUGGAUAAAAUGAAGUUCUGUCCGGCCAGCAACUCGGACAAGUGCGAUUCGGGGCAAACGGUCAAGGCCAGGAACUGGCGGCAAAAGUUCUGUCGCCUGCUGGGCCCCAGAAGGAGCGGCGAGCAGGCGCCGCCCCCGCCGGGUCGCGCCCCCGCGGUCGAACCGCCUCCCGCCCGGGAUCCCGACGCCGAACCCCGGACCUGGUGGCGGAGGUUGUGUCGCGUCUUCAACGGGAGAACGGAGCCGCCGCCGCCCAAGCCCGAGGUUCCGCCGGAGAAAACCUGGUGGAUCAAAAUCUGCCUUUUCUUCCGAAUGAAACGGAUCGUUCCGGAGCCGUGCCGCGUUCCCCUCCGUCGGGGCGGCACCGCCGAAAAACUCAGGACCCAAAGGGACCUCCGGGCCGAGUCGCUCCCGCCGCCGCCGCCGCCGACCGCCGGCCGGCCCUUGUCCGGAGUUUACCGCGGCGGCUCGUCGCCGCUCCGGCCGGCCACGCGAGAGGGGGACCUCUCCCGGGCCUUGGACAAACGCUCCUUCCGAGCGGAAGUACGCCCGGCCACGCCGGAGGCCGGCGAGGUCCCGUCGGCGCGAGCCUUCGAUAAAAGAUUGCGAGUCGGCGACCGGUCGGCGCGGGUCGCCGAGACGACGCGGCGGCCCGACGGCUCGCGCGUCCGACGCGGCGGCCCGUCCGGGCGGGCCGAGGACGACUCGACGCCGCGGGCCAAAAGGGACCCGGUCGAUACCGGCGAGCCCGCGCGGCUCUACAAACCGCGCGCGGGACGCGGGCCCUCGUCCCCGGCCGACGGGCGUCGGGGGGCCAAAACCGCGGACUGGUCGGCGCGGGCGAAAUGCCGGGCCGCCGGAGCGUCGCCGACUCGCAAGUCCCGAGUCGGAACCGAGCGCUCGCGCGUCCAAAAGGACAAAGCGGACUCCAAAAGAGCGCCGGCGGCGGCGACGCGGCAGGGCGCGUCCAGGACCCGUAGCGACUUGCCUUAUGACCUCAACUACCUCAACUAUUUGUCCUCGGGCGUCAAACCGCGCAAGACGAAAAAGAUGGCUUAACAUUUACCUUGGAUCUAGUGUUGCACUGAUAGCGCUCUUAGUUGCAUACUCAAUGACUGUAAAGUCAUGGCCCGCAUGACAAAGCCGACGAAUUGACGGCAGAAAGCCGUCGCCCCUACCUAGCGAUCCCGUCAAAGUCGAAGCGCGGACACUGAAAUGGUGUCCCGACGAGCUGAUUUGGUCGAUGUCAACGCAUCUGCUAAUUUAGCCGGUGGAUGCCACUGACGGGGAUAGACGUCCUAUCCGUUUGAAGUGGGUCGGGGGCAGCGAACGCACGCCCUCCCGCUUCAAACGGAUUGAGCGCCUAAUGACGGCCGAAGUGCGAAAAGACCUUUCGUUCCCAUCAAAGUCAAUGCAUUAACAUUCAGAUGAAGUCCUCUCAUCCGAUUAUUUGAUUGAUGCUAAAGCAUCUGCUGUUUACUCACUGUCUGCCAAUUUUGCAGCAAACAUCGCUAGGGGCGACGAUCCCAUUAAAGUCAGUGAAUUGACAUUCAAAUUGAGUCCUAACUAGGUCAAAUGAAUAUUUGAUUCAUGUCAAAGCAUCAGAUGAACUCAUUGAAAUUGACAGCAGAAGGAUGAUGGGACGCCACCCGAUUGAACGUCUAUUAUUGCCAUGUUUUGCCGGUGGCCGUCUUUGACAGGACGAUGGGCAAACUGCACUUUUCCGGGCGCACGCUUUCUUAGUACGAUUCGGAAGAUGUCAUUUUAGCCAUACUAGUAGCGGUAUGGGUGCAACACUGGUGGAAACCCGGCUACCUCAUCUUUCAAAGACGCCCGCCCGCCCGCCCGCCGCAGAAUUGGGCGCAAAAAGUUGAAACUGAAGAAUGCCAAUCUUUUCUUUUUGAGUCCAUGUCAUGUAAGCACUUUAAGGUACAAAACAAUGUUUACUUGAGUCCUUUGACUUUAGUUUAAGGUUUGAAAGUUUCUGGAAUAACUGCUCCGAAUCAACACUUCUUUUUAGUUUUGGGCCACUUACGGGUCACUUUCUGUCGGUUUGGGGCUUUUUUUGGGAGGUUUUCUAAACCAAUUGUAACUGGUCGGCUGCCAGAUCUCCAGUCCAUUUGAAUUGGGAAGAUUGGCAGCGGACGAAUGACAUUUCACUCCACGCACGGAUGAAGAGUCUGCUGAUUGGACAUGGAUUGCUAAUUGACCCGCAAAUGCCCCAAAAGUACUGGUAGCGACUCGGAAAUGCUCCAAAAGAAAUAGGACGUGACCCGGAAUUGAGCCUAAUUAAACAGGAAAUGACCCGGGCGUGCCCACGUAUCAAUUGGAAGUGACCGGAAAAUGCCCAAAACCAACAUGAGGCGACCUGAAAAUGCCGCCAAAAUCGAGAAAAGGUGAGUCAAAUCAACAGAAAGCGGUGCUUCGCAACACGUCCCCGCAAUGACACAUUUCGGAUCGAUUUGACGCACCAUGUAUUUCCGAAUGAAAUUUCCACGGACCUGAACGGAUCGCGGGUCUGGCCGUCGACGGCGGUCGACGAGUGAAUCUCUCUUUCGCCCGUGAUGAGGUUCUGGGCGCUGCUUGACAUUUGUCAACUAGCGCUGCGUAAUGAACCGGAAACUGCCAGAAUGACCGGACGGAAAGGACGGCCAGCGCUUUGAAGGUCAAGAGACACGCUUGCCAAAACAUCGCCGCCGCAAAGCCAUUUCACCCCGAACGUUUCCCGUGGCGGCAAAAGCCUGUUUUCCACAGAAAAGAAAAUAACAUUCCCAAUGACUCCAGUUUCAAAAAGUCCUUUACAUCGUUUGCACAUCAAAAAAUACAAGAUGCUCUAAAAUUGUAUACUUUUUGCUAAAAACAUUUAAAAAAAAAAAAAAAUUUUUUUUAAUGAAUUUCCCAAAUCAACAGGAAGUGACCUGUAUGUUCCCCAAAAGGGUUAGGCCCAAUAUCAACAGGAAGUCACCACAGGAAAUGCCCUUGAACCAAGCCGAAGGUUAACCCCGGCCCGACGGGAAGUCGCCCAGAAAUGGCCUAAAGAUCACGUGUUAGUCGGCCAAAUGAAGAAGUGACCGACCGGGAGGAGAGUUGGCGCCCGCGGGUCUCACGUCUUGAAGGCGCAGACGGGCACCGCCACCGCCAGGAGGAGGAGUAGGACGACGGCCGGGACGCCGGCCAAUAGAAGGGCCGCCUUCCGGCGCCGGCGGCUUUCCCGCCGCUUGAGCAGCGAAUCGAAUCCCGGCGUGUGGACGUCCUCCAACCAGAACGCCAGCUCGUCCCAGCCCGCCUGCGUGCGACACGACGAAUUUCUGUUUUUUGGUCAAAUGACGAUUCGGAAAGUCUAACCAGCCGGAUGUCGUUGACCUCAACAUCCUGUUUUUUUUUUUC